CCUGUCUUUCCUUCUAGGUGAAAUAAAAAUAUUUUGUAUCUAUUACUAUUCAUUUGUCCACUCCGUCCUUAUAUGUUUAUAAAGAGUUCCUCUUGUUCUAUGUAGGUUAUCAGUAAUGUCCAGUCUGUUUUUUUAACUGGUUUACCAUGAUGGGUUUUCAGGUAAUAUGUCAGAAUAUCCAUGUUCUUUAUGUCCAUAAUCUUUAAUAUCCAUUCUUCUUUAGUUGGUAUUUCUGUUGAUUUCCAUUUCUUUGCAUAAACUAUUCUGGCUGCUGUUACAAAAUAGUUGAAUAGAAUCUCUUGGUUCUUGUUAAAAUUCAUAUCGGUCAUUCCUAAUAGAAAGUACUCAGGUUUCAGUUGAAAGUUUGUUUUGAUGAUUUUUUUCUAUUGUUUCGUGUAUUUUUCCCCCCAAUAUUCCUUUGCUAUUUUACACCCCCACCACAUGUGGAAGAAUGUGCCUACAUGUUUUUCACAUUUCCAACAUUGAUCUUUAAUAUUCUUGUAACACUUUGCCAAUUUUUGUGAAGUCAUGUACUACUGGUACAUCAUUUUAUGCCAGAUCUCCUUAAGAUCGUAUGAAUAGGUGUAAUUUAGCUUGAGAUUCCACAUCUUUUCCCAUUUCUCCAUACUUAUCGGAUGUCUCAGGUGUGAUGCCCAUUUUACCAUGCUGUGACGCCUCAGGGCAGCGUGAGCACUGGGAACCAGACACGAAGACCAAUAAACAAUCUAAUAUCUUUAUUAAGGAAAUAAAGGAGACAACUAAAAAUAAGCAGAGUAUAUAGUCCAGCAAUAGUCCUUUCAGAAAAGGUCAAAUAUAGUCCAGUAAUGUGAAAGUAGAUGUCCAGUAUUAGAGUUCAAAGUUUUAAAUCCAAUAACCGAAACACACUCAAACCUUUAGGCUGUUUGAGUGGGGAUUAAAGCAAGGUCUGUCAAAGAGUUCCAGGUUUCAAUUCCGAGGCUAGGAUACAAGGCAAGGCAAAGUUAGUCGUGGUAAAGCUGAAACGCUGUCCAGGCUUGACAGGGAGACGAGAAGCAAUGCCGGUCUACUCGAGAGUAGCGCGCUGCAGAACUAGAGUCGAUGUGAAUUCCUCAACUAACACGUUGAACACCUCAAAGGUCAGUCAGCGCCCAGAACUUUUAUGGGACUACAGUCUCCUCUCCAGCCAGGUGUCUGAACACUCUUUCCCAAGGGAAAGUGGACUAAGUCAACAACUUGCCAGAUGCAAUCCUCCCGGGAAACUCUCAAGUGAACCGGCUUAAUUAACGCUUGCUCUCUCCGCUAAUCUAGCGCUUCUUCUCAGAUUCUGCUUCUCCGAGCGAAAUGUUUCCCAAAACAAUCUGCAGUCAAAAGGAGCGCUCUCUGAAGAACCGGGCUGUGAGUCAAGGCCCUUUUUAAUUAACUGUGGGCUAAAACUGUCAACAGGGGACAUCUGGAAGAGAGCAGAAUCUUGCGGAAGUGGCACAAACCCCAUCUCUUCUUCGGUCUGAUCCAUAAUGGUGACGGGGUCAUGACUCGGGGGUCUCUGAGACACUACAAAUGCAAUCCCUAACUUGCUCUGUUUCUGUAGCCCAUUGUAGCAAGAUUUUAUAACUUUUGGUUAUUACUUUUCUUUCUGUAAUCAUAAUUUUAUCCCAGGGAGUGUCUCUUUCUGAAAAGCCUUUUUUUUAUCUCUGUUAAAAUAUUCUUGGAUCUGUCUAUAUUGAAACCAUGAGACCUUUUGAAAUUGACUCUUUAUUUCUUCUUGUGUCCUUAAUAUAUAUUCUCCAUUUUGUUUUCUCAGAACAUCUUUAUAUGUUGGCCAUUCUUCCCAUCUUAAUUCUGUCCUUUGUGUCCCACAAUUGUUAACAGCCACAUGUCCCACCUGGGUCGAAUAAGGUCAUAAGCUGUUAGGAAUUGUGGGAGUUGAAGUCCAAAACACCUGGAGGGAGGGCCCAAGUUGGCCAAUGCCUGGGAUAAGAGGUACCAAACCUGUAUAACUUAAACAUAUUAGACAAAUAGUUUGUGAAAGUGACUUCUCCAAACUCUAACCCAUUCUGGGAUGAUGACUGCUGGACCCUUUACAUUUAGUUAUUAUUAUGAUGACCGCUGGACCCUUUGCAUUUCGGCCUCCUCCUCCUCUGCUUAGAAGCAUCUAUUCCAGGCAUGGUCCAACUUUGGCCCUCCAGGUGUUCUAGACUUCAACUCCCACCAUUCCUAACAGCCUACCAGCUGUUAAGAAUGGUGGGAGUUGAUGUCCAAAACACCUGGAGGGAGGGCCAAAGUUGGACCAUGCCUGGGAUAAGGGAUACCAAACCUGUAUAACUUAAACACAUUAAACAAAUAGUCCAUGAAAGUGACUUCUCCAGACUCUAACCCAUUCUGGGAUGAUGACUGCUGGACCCUUUGCAUUUUGUCCUCCUCCUCCAUCGGCUUCUCAGUUCAGGAGGGCAGGAAUAACCCUGUCAGUCUGACAUCAGGGCCAUUGGUUAUUGUUCCUUUCGCUGCUGCUGGUGGAGUUUCCGACCCAACAGGAUGGGGAAACAAAGGAUGGAGGGCGGAGAGGAAAAGCUGCCUUCCUGGGGACGUCCUGAGCCCGGCGAGGACGGGACAUGGAGUAUGAAGCCAAGAAGGGGAAGAAGGAGUUUGUGUCCCCCAUCAAGCGUCUGGUUUUCCCAAAAGCGGCCCGAAAGCAGGCCCUUCGGACGAGCAUCUGCCGGCGUCCUUUGCACUCGGUGCCGCUCUACCCUCCGGACUUCCUCAUCGACCCCCAGAUCCUCCUGCACGACUAUGUGGAAAAGGAAGUGAAGUUUUUAGGCCACCUGACCUGGGUCAACACCUCCUUGAACCCCUCCAGCCGAGAUGAACUGUUGCAGCUCCUGGACACCGCAAGGCAACUGAAAGAGCUUCCCCUGAAGACAACACCGGAGCAGGACAGCAUCCUGAGCCUUUCGGCCCGCUGUCUCCUCCUGACCUGGAGGGACAACGAGGAGCUCAUCCUGCGCAUCCCGACCCAUGAGAUUGCAGCUGCCUCUUACCUGCGGGACGAUGCGCUGCACCUCCUGGUCCUCAAAACAGGCUUGGGGGUGGACCCUGUCCCUUCCGGGAGCAACUCGGACAUCUACCCGGCCAUAGAUUUGAUUGAAUCGAGCUUGGGGGUGGACCCUGUCCCUUCCGGGAGCAACUCGGACAUCUACCCGGCCAGCAAGCAGGAGAAGAAGUUCCUGGAGAAGCGCCCAAUGGAGCCCCGUCCGCUGGGAGGCACCAUGGAGCGCCGCCACACCAUCUGCAGCCUGGACUGGAAGAUGGCCCGGAGCGGGCCGGAGGGCCGGGCCGGAGGAGGGGGCAGCCUGGAGAGGAAGCAGGGCACCGGCAGCUGGGAAACCAGGCAAAGGGCCACCGGAGGAGGAGGAGGAGGAGGGGGUCGCCCCUUCGGCAGCUGGGAGCGCCGCCAGACCUACAGCGGGAGCUGGGAGCGCCGGCCGGGGGUCAAAGGCGGGGGCAGCUGGGAGCGGCAGGCCUACAGCGGGAGCUGGGAGAGAGGCAAGACCUGUGGCAGCUGGGAGCGCAGGAACACAGGCGGCAACCCCCUUGACCCCAAGGAGCCCAGCCCCGAGGCCUACUGCAACCUGGUCAUCCUGGCUGUAGCCAACCGAGAUGCAGCCGAGGAAUCCUGCGCUCUUAUCUGCCAAGUCUUCCAAAUAAUUUAUGGCGACCAAACCAUUGAGUGUGUGGACCGAGCCGGCUAUCAUUACGCAUCAACACCGAAGCGUCCCUGGCUGUCCAGCCGGAGUGAAAGUUGUCGGACUGAUGGGACGUACGGAUAUGACGCCGACUUUAGCUGUUGCAGCUCUUUUGAUGGCUCCCACGACACCUUUGAGGCCUACGGCGGCGGCAGCGGUGGUUCCUCGCCCUCCUUCCACCGGUCUCACCACAGCCUGGCCACCGCCUGCAGCGGGAGCGACCACAGCAGCGCCGGCCUGGAGCAACUGCAGGACUACAUGGUCACGGGGAGUUGGGGCCUGAGGAACAAGCUGACCCCGCAGGAGAUCCAACAGUUUGCGCUCUUGCUCCGGGAAUACCGGAUGGGGCUGGCGGUGGAGAGCUACUGUGCGGGCCUCCUCCGGCUCUAUGGAGAGAAGAGGAAGUUUCUGCUCUUGGGAAUGCGGCCAUUCAUUCCCGACCAGGACAUUGGCUACUUUGAAGGCUUCCUGGAGAACAUCGGCAUCCGCGAAGGGGGCAUCAUGACGGACAGCUUCGGGCGCAUCAAGCGGAGCAUGAGCAACACCUCGGCCUCAGCCGUGCGCAGCUACGACAGCUGGUCCAUGCACUCCGAGUCGGAGGCCUUCAACCGCAUGAUCACGGACAUCACCCACGACAUUGAAGCCUUGGCGCACGACGGGGAGGAGGAGGAAGAAGAAGAAGAAGGAAUGGACAAUGAAGACAACUACCUGUGAGAAAGAUGGCUCACCUUGAGUCUAAAGAGAGGAGGAAGACGCAAAGAUCUGUGGAUGUGUAUCUUGAUUUUACGAAAGCCUUUUGAGACAGUACCCAAAAUGUCCUUAUAGGAUGAUGGAGUCAGUGUAGUAGAUGAAGGGAAUGCUGUGCAUGGAGUGCUCCUUGAUUAUAUUCUUGCAAUAAAAAGUAGGCUGGACAUUUCUACUCUUAGGUGGAUAGGAAUAAUGCUGUGUACUUUGAUUUCAACUCGUUCCAACAUAAUAUUGUUGCAAUAAAAUGUGGGCUUGGAAAAGGCUGCUACUGUUAAGCUGAUUGGAUUAAUUGCUGAACCCAAAGGGUCCUGAUCAAUGGUUUCUCCUCUUCCUGGAGAGAAGUGUCAUGAAUACUUUUUUUAGCAUUAAUAUUAUGUACAAGGGUUGAAUGAAAAGUAAUGCUUCCACCUUCGUUACUUGGAUUUGGAUGGGAAUAUUUUAAUAAAUGAAAUGCAUAAAUAA